AUGACAACGCCUUGCCAUCCAGGAAGCGACGACCAGUUUGGUCCAAGGGUCGACAAGGCUUGCAGGGCCUUCGACUUCACUUUGCUUUUCGAGGAUGGCGUCUUCAUUGCCGUUCCAGCCGCCCUCUUGAUUCUCCUGCUUCCGGUGCGCAUACGGAAACUAUGGAGGACGCCAAUCAUGACGGCAUCGUAUCGCCUCGCUGCAUGGAAGUUGGCAGCAAUAGGGAGUCUGAUCGUAUUCCAUUUGGCUGCCCUCGCUCUGCGCGUGCAGUCCCGCUCUCUUCACACACGGGCGGCGGUCGCUGCCGAGGUUCUGUCGUCGGCUGCCAACUUCGGAGCCCUCGUGCUAUCUUUUCUCGAAGAUCAACGGUCGGUCAAACCUUCGGACCUUUUGGUUCUAUAUUACUCAGCGUCAACGCUUCUCGGCAUCCCUCGCCUCCGUACCCUGUGGUUGCUCCCUUCGGACUACUUGGUGCAUCAAGUGGUAUGGACUGUCCUACUAGUGAUCACGGCAGUUGUCGCUGUGUUGGAGUGCAUCGGCAAAACUAGUCACCUGCGACCCGUCUACAAGAAAGGUCUCACAUCGGAGGAGACAUCAGGCUUCUGGACCCGCAGCCUUUUCGUCUGGCUUCUUCCACUGUUUCGCCAGGGUUACAACACCAUCUUCCUCGUCGAGGAUCUGCCGGAGGUUGACAAUGACUUGAAAGCGUCCACUACUAGCCGAGAACUCGAGCGUGCAUGGCGUCGUGCACGGCGGCUGCCGAAUCGGCUUCGUCUAGUCAGAGCAACCUUACGAGCAAAUGCAUGGUCUUUCCUGUCUGCUGUUGUACCUCGUCUGUUUUUGACGGCUUUCACCUUCUGCCAGCCCUUUCUUAUCCAAGCAGCCGUUUCCCACCUGAGAAACGACAAUGAUAAGGACAGCUCGGAUCACGAGCGCUUUGGUCAGGCUCUUAUCGGCGCGUUCGCACUUACUUACUUGGGCAUUGCGGUCUCCAGAGCUAUCUACUGGAGGCAGACCUACCGCCUGCUUGCCAAGGUGCGAGCUGGGUUGACAGCAAAAAUAUAUCGACACACGGUCUCCCUACCAUCUAGAGAUGUUGAAGACUCUGCAGCUAUCACUCUUAUGGGGACGGAUGUUGAGCGUAUCGUCGAGUGUCUCAGGUUUGUUCAUGAGGUGUGGGCAGCCAUCCCGGAGGUUGUCAUUGGUGUCAGCCUUCUGGCGCGUCAAGUAUCCUAUGCUUCCAUCGCACCACUCGUGAUUUGCGCGAUCAGUUUGGUCGGUACAUCGCUCGUCGCCAAGGGGCUUGGACCAGCACAAGGAAACUGGGUGGCGUGUGUGGAGAAGAGGGUCUCUGCGACGGCAACGAUGCUGAGCAACAUCAAAUCCGUCAAAAUGCUUGGCCUGAUGGCUCGCUCUCAUCAGAUAAUUGAGAAGCUCAGGGACACCGAGAUCAACGCCUCUGCCAAGUUCCGCAAGUUGACAGUCUGGGUGAUCAUGAUCAGCAACGUACCUACCUCAGUGGCUCCUUUUGUUACGUUGGCCAUCUAUGCUCUGAUUUCACUCACUGGAAGCCAAGAGUCGCUGCUUAUUGCACAGGCCUUCACGUCACUAGCCCUGGUCUCCCUGGUCACCGAGCCCUUGCUCCUGUUCUGUCAGGGCUUACCAGCCAUGGCGCAGGCGCUUUCCUGCUUUCAGCGGAUUGAGAAGUUUCUCUUGAUGGGUCAGAGUCUUGAAGCUCAAACACUAGAGUCUUCAAAAUCUGACGAUCCGUCUCUAUUGCCCCUUCAACCCCAGGCAGAUCUGAUGCAACCAGCCGGUGGGCAACUCAUAGAAUUUCGACAAGCCAGUGUUUCUUGGUCCCCAAAACUUCACGACCGUCCGAUCGUUCUGCAUGACAUCAGCCUAAGGAUUGGAACUGGGUUCACAGCCGUCGUUGGACCUGUUGGAUCUGGAAAAACCACACUGUUAUCAACCAUCAUUGGGGAGACUGCUACCGUAUCCGGGUCGGUCGUAUCAAAUAUUGCAUCUCGAGUGGCAUUCUGCUCUCAGACACCAUGGCUGGCGAAUGACACCAUCCGCCGGAACAUUGUCGGUGAGUCGGACUUCGAUCAGGGGUGGUUUGACUCAACCAUCAAGUUCUGUGGUCUUCGGGAGGAACUUGAAGACCUCCCUGCAAAAGAUCUAACGAUCGUGGGCAACAACGGCUCUGCCCUAAGCGGAGGGCAACGGCAACGAGUGGCUUUGGCCCGCGCGGUCUACUCCAGAUUGCCAGUUGUCCUGUUGGACGAUUGUACAAGUGGUUUAGAUCCAUCAGCGUCCCGCACCAUAAUAACUGAGCUCUUUCAUGCCAAAGGUCAUUUCCGGAACGCUGGCAUCUCGGUCAUCAUUGCAACACACGAUCCACGAAUCUUGCCUCACGUGGACGCAGUUGUACUCCUUAAUGAAGGGAAACUCAUCGAUCAUGGCCCAUACGAAGAGGUCUGCGAGAGAAGGCCCGAACUAAUCAAGCUACAAGAAGUAGCGGAUCAAUAUGAGUCUCGGGAAGAUGAUUUAGCGAAGGCAAACCCCAGAACGAUGGAAACGGUACAGCCAAUUGUGACAGUCUCACCGGGAGGUGAGCGGGAUGAAGAAUCCGAGCAAGCAGUUGGCGAUGCGAGCCGUCAGAAGGGCAACUGGUCAGUUUACACAUACUACGCCAAGAGAGCCGGAAAGAUCUCGAUGUUUCUCUGGAUCUCAUCUACUCUUGUUGGCGCAGUUGCGAACGCCUACUCUUCCCUCUGGGUGGAUCGAUGGACGUCUGCUAGCGAAACGACAGGAAACCAACAGCUUGGCCUCUAUUUGGGCGUCUACUUCUUCUUAGUCUUCUUGGUCACUAUGGGGACCCUAGGUGAAUGCUGGGUGUUUUUCAUCAACAUCAUCAGGGAUACUGCCAUCAAACUACACUCGGACCUGCUAAAGGCGACUCUUGGAGCCCCGUUUUACUUUUUCCUUGAAUCCGACGUAGGAUCCAUCACCAACCGAUUCAGUCAAGACAUGAACCUCAUCGACAUGACUCUUCCAUCUCAGGCUAUUCAGUUCACCUCGGGGUUUUCUUACUGCCUUGUCCAAUUGCUUGUCAUCUUUGUCCUCGGGAAAUAUCUCGCCGCCGUUGUGCCGGUGCUUGUGGUCGUUCUGUUCACCAUCCAGAGGUACUAUCUCCGAACUUCCCGCCAACUUCGUAUGCUCGACAUUGAAACCAAGGCUCCACUUUAUGCUUUCUUCAUCGACACUAUUGCUGGCAUCGGAACCAUCCGUGCAUAUGGCUGGGGAAUACCAUUCCGCAACCGGCUAUCCGCGAUGCUGGAUCUAUCACAGCGACCCUUCUACAUGCUCUUCUGCGUCCAGCAGUGGCUAACUUUGGUGUUGGAUCUUGUUGCUGGUGCUCUCGCAGUCACCCUAGUAGCCAUUGCCCUCGGGUUGGCCGGGGCUCUCGGUCCUGGGGCUCUUGGUGUUGCUUUGGUCUUGACAUUACAGUUCAACUCGCUGCUGAUACAGACCAUGCAGUCUUGGACAAAGUUAGAAACGUCGAUCGGCGCGGUGGCAAGGGUCAAAAAGUUUGUCGAGGAAACCCCGCAGGAGGAGGGUGGUGCACCCGUUCGUUCGGUUUCUUGGCCGGAACGUGGAGCUGUUGAGAUUCAUCACCUAAGCGCAGCACAUACGCCCACGUCUCUUCCGGUCCUCGAAGAUAUUAGUCUGACCAUCGCUCCGGGUGAGAAGAUUGCCGUGUGUGGACCAUCCGGGAGCGGGAAGACGUCGACGAUCAUGUCGAUUCUCAAGAUGAUGGACUUGCGGAAAGGCCAAAUCUUGAUUGACGACGUGGACAUCAGUACACUGGACGGCUCUGACCUGCGUGCCCAUCUCAGUGUCAUUCCGCAAGAGCCGUUCUUUAUGCCAGGCACGCUGCGAUUUAACUUGGAUCCCAGGGGUCGGGCGUCUGACGUGUCGGUCGAAGCAGCGGUGAAACGAGUCAGCGAGGGCCUCUGGGAGAAGUUGUUUAAGGGUUCAACCAUGGACAGUCUAGAUUCCGAGCUGGUGGCAUCUGAGUUGUCCCAUGGAGAGCGUCAGCUUCUGUGUCUUGCAAGAGCUUUGCUGCUCCCGAGUAAAAUCGUCAUCGUUGACGAGGCCAUGAGCAGUGUCGACGAAAACACCGAGACGGUGAUGCAGCGUGUGGUGGAAAGAGAGUUUGGAGACAAGACAAUCAUCUCAAUCAUGCAUCGGUACUCACAUAUCGAAUGGUACGAUCGUGUAGUUGUGCUUCGGGACGGAAGGAUCGUGGAAUGCGACAAGCCCCGCGCAUUGCUGGAUCAGGAGGGAUCGGCUUUACGUGGACUGUACAGUGCUGCUUCUUGA